AAACAAUAAUCUCGUGCAAUAAUAUCGACAGAUUACAAUUAUGUAAAGGGGCAAAAUAUUCUUGGGUGAAACGCUGUUAGAAUAUCUGGAAAAUGACUACCAGUCAGAAUUUCAGAUUAAACACAGGUAAAUUAUUUCUGUAAAUACAAUUUAAAUCAAAAGAAGAAAAUUCCAGAGCAAACCACACAGAAACCAGUUCACCUAUUCAAAUUUAUCCACCGAAUUUCUAGGUGUAUCUAUUCUAUAAGUAAUCAAUUGUUGAAUUAAUUGAUCUUCGUCAGUAUUAUCACAUCCUCGUUUCAAUUCAGCACCAACGUCAAGUUUCAGGCUUGCAGUUGGUCGACUGUAGGUCAGGAAAUAAAUGCGCAGAUUUAAAGCAUAAGGUGUUAUCUGAAGCAUUUCUAGUCAACCAGUUUGAACCAAAUCAAUGAACUUCUAAAUUCGUGAUUCAUAUUCCAAUGUGGUCUUUCUGUGUUUUUGUAAACAAAUUAUUAAAAUUGGAAGAGGUUGGACAAAAGAGUUCAGAAUGCAGCUUAUCCGAUUAUUAUGACAAUGAAAGGCUGUUGCCACGUUCACGCUUCAUUGAGGUUCCUCAUGUCAAUCAGGUAUCCAAUUGGGAUUGUGGUCUUGCCUGUGUUUUGAUGGUUUUGCAAACAAUUGGUAUCAGCAAUUGCAGCUUGCAUGGGUUGGAGAAGCUUUGCGGCACAAAAAGCAUCUGGACUGUUGAUUUGGCAUAUUUGUUGCAAAGUUUUUCUGUCAUCUUUUCCUACUUCACGGUGACUUUAGGAGCUAACCCGAACUUUUCUGUGGAAUCAUUCUAUAAGGAUCAAUUACCGCAGGAUUUGAUCCGAGUAGAUAGGUUAUUUCAAAAAGCAUUUGGAGCGGGAAUCCGGAUAGAGUGCAGAUCAUUCAGUCAGGAAGAAGUAUCUUUCUUGAUCUUGUCAGGAAAAUAUAUAGCAAUUGCUUUGGUUGAUCAGUGCAAGCUUAGUCAGUCAUGGCCGGAGGAAUAUCAUGUCUCUGAUUAUUCUGAAAGCAAUCUAGGGUAUACAGGUCAUUAUGUUGUAAUUUGUGGGUACGAUGCGGACAAAGAUGAAUUUGAGAUCAGGGAUCCUGCGAGCUCAAGGAAAUAUCAAAAAAUAUUGUCAAAGCACCUAGAUAUGGCUCGCAAAUCUUUUGGUACAGACGAGGAUCUUCUACUGAUUUCACUCGAUCCGAUCUACAACAAAGAAAAAUUCCCAUUGACCGCAGCAGAUCAUCAUGUUACUUAAAGUCUGAAGCUUGUAAUCGAGUAUAUAACAUAUGUUGGUGCAUUAAUACUCUAUUAGCCCUUGUAUAACAUACAGCCAUUUGUGUAUAAGAUCCAUGAUAUGUACCAUAUGUCCCCUUUUAUAUAAUCCAAUGCCUGGGUUGAAGAGUUAGCUUAGAUUGCCGCCUGUAAAUCGUUGCCUGUACAUGACAAUAAACAAUUCAUUUGUAAAUUCCUUCAAUUAUGUCUAUAUGUUGUAUAUGUUAGCGAUAAGUGAAUCGGAGUGACGACUUGUGGACCUUGAGUUCGGAAACAAUGGAGUAGUGGAGGAGGUUGCUGGCUUUUAUAUCAUCUUAGCUUGACUAGUGAAGCUUUAUCAAAGGUCUCAAAGAGACUGGAUGGUGUGAAUACAAGGUUUUUCUUACUUUGCUUUAUUCUCUUCAUUCCCAACUAGCGUGGCAAGUAUUUUUCAUGGUGUAAUUCCCGCACAAGUCACAAACACUUCUUUUUCUCUAAAAUGCAUAUUGCAGUACUUUUUUACUUUCAGUU